CUCAGCGUCGCUGUUAUCAGCUUAUCGAACGCCCGAGCUCAGAUGUAGGGUAAGCAAGGGUCCCCUCGCACCAUAGAUUUUACUAUCUGUUCCUUUAAACAAAAUGUAGGCACGAAUCCUUCACAGUAUAAUAAUAUUAUAGAAGGUUUUAGAUUCACGCAUUUAAUAAUCAAUAGGUUACACAAAACGAGUGACUCAUGUUUUAUAACGAAUUAAAUUAUAAUGUCUCUGUCUUCGUUGAACCUGUCACUGCUCAAUCCCCCAUCUGCCUUAGAAUUACUCCUGGAAGAGAUAAACUUCCAGAGGACAAAAGAAAUGAGACAGUUGAUGAAAGAUGAUUCUGGAUUUGUUAUGCUACAGGGAUCAUCUUAUUGGACUGAUCUUUUUGUAAGACAUUUUCUAUUUCAAGCUGAUCAUUGUAUAGAUGGGGAUGAUAUGCUAUUUUUCGUUAGGAAAAAACAUGUCAAAGGAUCUUCGAAGUAUUUACCUAAGUUCGAGACAGAACUAGCUGUUUAUAGAAAGGAUAGUAAGCGGUUACCAAUCGGUGAUCCUGAAUUAGAUUGGGAAGAAACUGUUUAUUUAAAUCUUAUAAUUCAUCAAUUUGAGUAUAUUUUAACUCUAGCUAUUUGUACAAGGACUUCCCCGAAACAAUUACAGAUCCUUCGUCGAUAUUCACAGAAAGUAUACGCUUCACCUUCAAGGAGGCGGAUGGAUACGAAAGGAGAAGUAGAAGAGAUUACUUAUCCUUACAUAUGUUUCAUGGUUGAUAACUUCAAUGAGGUUAUGUCCGAAAUGCUAGUUCGGGACGGAGAACUAGUGUGCGUUGAGUUGAUGGCUUCAGAUAGAGAUGGAAAAAUGCAAGGAGUUCUAUUUUCUGGAUCUAUUCGUUAUGAUGCCCUCAAACAUGUAUAUGAUGCUAGGGCUAGCCUUAGCAGCAAAAUGGCUCAUCGAAUGACCUUUGGCUUACUCAAUAACUCAUCUCAAAGGGUUGAGUUUGUUACGAUGAAAGGUCCCCAAGGGAAAGGUCAUGCUGAAAUGGCAGUCACCAAACCUAAAGGUUGCGGAGCUGAGACGCCAACUUCCGAGCCUGGAAUCUGUGCAAUAGAUCUGUGGGAUGAAGAUUGGGAAGAUCCCGAAGACAUGUUCCUAUAUCGACAUAAAAGACGGCUGAGUGACCCUAGCGCCAAUCUGAGCGUAUUUGUGCGAGGGGGUUGGCAGAGGAAGCCGAGUAAUGAAGGAAAUCGUGCAAGAAGCGAAAACGAAGGCUUGGACAACAUUGCCCAGUCGGUAACCCACAUACAAGCUGGUGACCUGAGAGAUGACUCUUGCAUGCCUCUUAAUGAAACGUUGGCUAUUCUGAGAAAACUAAGGAGACAUGAUAUAAAUGUAAUAAAGCCGAGGUCUAAGACAGCUGCCGACGGAACAGUCAUUACGUACUGGUGUGAAUUACGCGAGUUGCGUAAGAAAUGCACUGAGCUAGAUGAUGGUGCUAUCAAUCCCCUAUGGACCAUGCGCGGGUUCACGCAAACUUUCCAUAUGUGGAAAGAAAACAAAAGAGCCCAGAGCAUACCUCUUAAUUCGUUUCUUACUUAUAUUACACUUCCAUGGUGGAGUAUUACUAAAGAUAUUUUAGAUACCCGAAUCGAACCAAUUCUUACAUUCUGAUACAUUAAUGAAUUUUUUUUAUUUUGAAUUUAUGAAUGUUUGUACCUGUUUUAUUGUGUCAAUUUUGUAUUUUUAAAAUUUAUAUGAGAAUUACUAUGUAAAUAUGAAAUGCGAAUAAGAAAUAAUGUAUUUUAUAUCUCAUUAAUUAUAUAUAUAUAUUUCUUCUUGCA